UCAGUGUUAAACAAUCCCUGGAUUCAACCCCCAGAACCACAAACAAACAACAACAAAAAUGACAAAAAUCCCCACAUAUAUCAGAAAAGGUAAAAGGUGUUGAAUCAACAACCUAUGUCAGGCACAAAGGUGCACACCUAUAAUCCCAAAGACACAGGAGGCUGAGGCAGAAUCCCAAGUUUAAGACCAACUUGAAAAAUUUAGCAAGACUCUAUUCAAAAAAAAAAUUAAAAGGGCUGGAGAUAUAGCUCAGUGUUACAGUGCUUGCCUAACAUGGGCAAGGCCCUGGGUUCCAUCCCUAGUACAGAACGAAAGAGAACAAGCAAACUGAAGGAUCUAGAGGGCAGUGUGUUUCCUUGACUUUUUCAGCUUCUAGAGGAAGUUCUCAUUACUUGGCUCAUGACACCUUCCUCCAUCUACAGUGCAAGCAGUGGUAGGUCAAAUACUUUGCACAUCACAUCACUUUGACCUCCUCUUCUUCCUCUCUUUUUCACUUUUAAAAGUCUUGCAAGUGACAUUAAUAAGCUCUAGGGAUUGGGACAUGACUAUCUAUCUGUAGGAGGCCAUUAUCCUGUCCACCAUUCCCUAUAACAACACAUUUAAUUAAUAUUUUAAAAAUCUGCAGCUGUGUUUGUACUGAAGUAGAGCAUGUGCUUGCUAUCAGUAAGGCCCUAGGGUCAAUCCCAACACCAAAAUAAAAACAAUAAUCUAUCCACAAAGAAAAUACUAGGCCCAUGGGCUGAGGCUGAGGCUCAGUGGUAAAGCGCUUGCCUCACACGUGCAGGGCCCUGGGUUCAAUCGUUGGCACCACAUGAAAAUAAAUAAAUAAAUAUAUUGUGUCCAUCUACAACUAAAAAAAUAUUUUAAAAAAAGAAAAAGAAGGGGCGCGAUGGCCCCCGCCAUGCAGCCCGCCGAGGUCCAGUUUGCUCAGCGACUGGCGUCCAGCGAGAAGGGCGUCCGCGACCGCGCGGUGAGGAAGCUGCGCCAGUACCUCAGCGUGAAGACGCAGAGCGAGACAGGAGGUUUCAGCCAAGAAGAACUCCUAAAAAUAUGGAAAGGACUCUUCUACUGCAUGUGGGUGCAGGAUGAACCCCUUCUGCAGGAGGAGCUAGCGAACACUAUUUCCCAACUCAUCCAUGUUGUUAACAGCUCAGAGACUCAACACCUGUUCAUUCAGACCUUCUGGCAAACCAUAAAUCGAGAAUGGAAGGGAAUAGACAAGCUGCACCUGGACAAAUACUACAUGCUGAUUCGCCUGGUCCUGAGACAGUCUUUUGAAGUUCUGAAACGGAGUGGCUGGGAGGAAAGCCAAAUCAAGGUUUUUCUAGAUGUUCUGAUGAAGGAGAUAUUGUGUCCUGAGAGCCGGUCUCCUGAUGGAGUGAGAUUCCAUUUCAUCGAUAUUUAUCUGGACGAACUAUCCAAAGUGGGAGGGAAAGAGCUUUUGGCAGAUCAGAACCUCAAGUUUAUUGACCCAUUCUGCAAAAUUGCUGCCAAGACCAAGGACCACACACUGGUACAGACUAUAGCUAGGGGUGUUUUUGAAGUCAUUGUAGAUAAGUCUCCUCUCAUACCUGAAGACACAGUGGAGGAGCAGAAAACCAAAGUGGGUGAUGGUGACCUCUCUGAAGAGGAGGCGUUUGAAAACGAGGCAGCUUGGAAAAAGGCAGUCAGCAGAAAGAAGACAGCAUUGAGCAAAUGCCACUCCAGGAGAGAGAGAGCCAGCGAUGAAAGAGGAAGAAAGGACUGUGGCACCUUGGAAGACACAGGGCUUCUUCUCCAGUUUGACUAUAAGGCUGUUGCGGACCGACUCUUGGAAAUAACCAACAAGAAAAACAUCCCUCCCUUCAACCGGAAGCGUCUCUGCAAACUAAUCAAAAAGUUCCAAGGCCUCUCUGAAGGUGGGAUCCCUCGACUCAGUUUUCCUGAGGACAUUUCUGCUGAGGAAGAUGAUCAAGCCCUCUGUCAAAGAAAACAUAAGAAAAAAAGACGAAACAAAGUCUUUCUUGCUGAGGAAGAGGACAGUGAAGGCAGCAUUCAGAAAAGAAAAAGGAAAAAAAAGAAGAGGAGCCACCCCCAGUCUGAGACUUGGGGCCUGAGGGACGCAGCCACACCCCCAGCACAGAGCGGGGGAGGGGAGCCUGCACCUGCGCAGAGGCAGACCCCACAGGAGCGAGCAGCUGAACCCAGAGCAGAGGCCGAGUCCAGCACCAGGGAGAAGAGCAGCUCGGAGCGUCCCCCCUCUGUCCCCACGCACAGUAGGAGGAAGCGGCUGAAGAGAAAGAGCCUGGGGGCACAGGGAGACAUCUGGGACCCCACAGAGCUGCCUCUGGAGGACAGGGCUCGAAGUGGCCCUGGCAGCAGCCAUCCCCAGGGACCUGCCGCCCGAGGUUCUCCAACAGAUGGAGCCCAGGUUCUGAAAAGGAAGAGGAAGCUUGGAGCACUCCCUGUCAACGGCAGCGGCCAGGCCUCCCUGACCCAGUGCAGGAGGCCCCAGAAAAAGAAGGCAGAGCCCAGCAGCCUUGACCUCUAUAAUCUGUCCAGUCAGAAAACAACAAUUUUGAAGAAGAGGAAGAAGAUGAAAGAAAUGUCUAACUUGAUAGAACACAACGGAAUACUGGGAUCCAGAGUCAGGCAGAUCCAAGCUCUGGGAACCAGCAUUUCCCCUUUGAAGAAGUAGCCACUGAGGACAGAAAAGGACUUCGUGAAGUUUGACACCCUCUUCUUACCAAAACCCCUGUUCUUCAGAAGAGCCAAGAGCAGUGCUGCCACCCGCCCUGCAGAGCGAGCCAUCCAGCUGAACAGAACACCCAGCAGCACCAAAAAAGUCACCUUUGGGUUGCACAGAAACACCACUGCAGAGUUCAAGAAGACGGACAAGAGUAUCCUGGACAGCCCCACAGGCCCCUCCCGAGUGGCCUUCAACCCUGAGCAGAAGCCCCUCCAUGGAGUGCUGAAGACCCCCACCAGCUCUCCUGCCAGCACUCCCCUGGCAACCAAGAAGCCACUGGCCACAGCUCCAAAGAGAAGGCCAACAGCUAUGGACUUCUUCUGAGAGCAGAGUCCCUUCUAAAGACUGCUUUUGUACAGAAUAGUCUAUAAAUUAUAUCUUUGAAAAUAUGGACUUUUUUAUCAUUUUAUAAAUCCCAUACGUCCUGUCAUGUGUCCUGGUCCUGGGGUGAGCGGCAGCUUGCCCAUGGCUCAUGCAGGGGCUGGGGCCUUGGUUAGGCAUUUGCUGCUUGCCUGCUCUAGCUCUCCAGAAUCCACUCUGCCCUCAGGGGUUGCCACCACAUAGGAACUACAACCACGUGUCCCUCCCUCUCCCACAGGAAGCACUCCUGUGGCCAGCCUGCGUUUCUCAGAACCUUGGUGCCUGUCACCGUCCACUGUGCCAGGUUACUUUUGGUUACUUUCAGUCUCGCUGUUUUCUUUGAAAAGCAUGUGGACUUCAUUCCCAUGUCCUGUGGGCAUCUGGCAGCCUGAUAGGGAUGAUUCUCCAAACCAAGUCAGCAACACCAGGACUCUUCUUCCUGUGAUCAGCAGAGGUGUGACCCAGCGGGUAGAGUUCUCUGCCCUCAGGGCAGCCUGCCUGGUCCACUGGCUUCCUAACUCGACAGCAAGCCCCAGGUGUCUUCUAGAGAGGGCCAGCUCCUCAGCUCCCUCCCAGAACCCCAACCGCACUGAGCCCCUCUGUGAGGGUUGCAGACCCACUCUUCCCAGGACCUGUGUGACCCUGCGCCCAGAGCCCGCUGCCACCUUAGGUUGACCGUCCCUGGAGACACAGGCAGUGUCUGGAGCCCAAGCCUCUGCAGAGGCGGGACGCAGGCCACCAGGAAGCCCUGAGCAUGUGCCUGCUCUUUGCUGCCUGCUUUUAGACAGGGCUCUGGCUUACAAGCCUCAUAAAGGUCUCCUAAGAGGGCAGUUCCAGACCCAGCACUGGAAGGCAUUCAGUUGAGUUGCUGCAUGACCUUCAGGAAUCCACCACGAGCCCGAGAGAUGGAGGACAGUGGCCUCUUGGAAAUGAACCUUCUGAGGCUUGGCUUUCCCCAUGGUUUAUGCACUCCUAAGUCCUGGAUGAAAAGCAGGGUGCGGGUGGGUGGGCUGCCCGCCAACCUGCUCUCUGCCCUGGGGACCUCAGAUGAUCCCCUGCCCCUCUCCCCACCUGCUGCAGUAGCCCCCACUUUUCACCACGACCCUGGUCAGUCCCCUUCUCCACUGUGGCUCCUCAACAGGAUCCCCAGCUGCUUUGGUGGGCCUGGCUGUGGCUUGGAGCAGCAGGGAGGCCCCCUGGGGUUCCAGAACUGGUCUGAUGUGUUUGUUCACUUUCAAAAUCAGGGUGUGACUUCGUCUGUGAAUCCGAUAGGUUGACCUUGACUGCCUGUCCCUUUGUCCUGUGUCACUUGCUGAACUAGGAGGUGCUUGGGAGUCCUCUGGAUGAUUGAGCAGUCCUGGGACAGUACACAGGUGUCCACUGCCAUGUCUGGAACGUCUGCUUCUCGGGCCUGGGCUUGGGAGGUGCUGCCCAGGAGAGUGGCUGCCUCAGGGAUGUUGAGGGCACGGCUGGGCCAGCGCCUGCCGCCUGCCCCCUGCCCCAGGCAGAGAGCCUGUUCUAGAACAGAGCCCGCUUUACAGUACAGUAGAGCUUUGUUGCAGUUGGUUAAGUAGCCUUGUGGUGAGACCCUCCCACGCGGCGUGAGGGGGUUGUGGCAGCAUGGUUUCCAGGAGCACCAAUGAGGUCACAGCCAGAGCCAAAACCAGUGUAGCAGACCAUGAGGUUUAAGGGAGCAAAUGCGUUCAACUUUUCACUUAGAAUGUUCACUAUCCCCGGUCAAAUUAUUUUUCUAACAGUUUUCAGCUUUCAAGACAGGUUGUAUGGCCAGUGGGUCAUAGGAUCCAAAGAUGUUGAGCCACACCAGGACAGUGGUUCCGCUGAUGUUCUGCAGCCCCACCAGGCCUUCCCCGCGUGUCCACGUGCCUGUCCACCCUGAGUGCGCCACCAGAGUCAGACCCCUGGGGCUGUGUAUGUCGUGGGGGCUUUGACUCCAUCGUGCGUGCUGGUCAGAUAGGCUUCCUGUAGCUUAUUUUAAAGCCUACAUUUUGACAAGGAGGAACAAAAGCUUUUUUGUGACUUUCAUUGCCUGUACCACACAGUAAGAAUAUGUCACAUUUUAAAAAUGUGUUUAGAAUGCCAGUUUUCUGUUUG